AUGAAUAAAUCAGCCGCCAGUUUGCCAGCCUCGUACGCGGCUCUCGAGUAUGAUGGCCUGGCUGUCUCGCACGUCCCGCCGAGCUCGUCCGCGGUCACCAAGGUGGUCGUGAUCACCCUCAACCGACCUCACAAGUACAAUGCCGUGACUCUCGACAUGCUUGACGGCCUCGAGGCGCUCUUCAACACCAUCAGCGAGGACCCCAGAGUCCGCGCCGUGGUUCUCACCGGGGAAGGGAAGGCUUUCUCGGCCGGGGCCGACCUCGACGUCGGGGGUGGCCGCGUCGCGUUGGCCAUCACCAACUGCAAGAAACCCGCCGUCGUCGCCGUCAACGGCGCGGCAGUCGGCAUCGGCCUCACGAUGACGCUGCCCGCCACCAUCCGCGUGGCCUGGGAGGGCGCGCGGUGCGGGCUCCCCUUCUCCCGGCGCGGCCUCGUGCUCGAGUCCUGCAGCGCCUUCUUCCUGCCGCGCCUCAUCGGGCUGUCGAGGGCGAGCCACGUCGUGGCCACGGGCGACGUGUACGCCGUCACGGACCCGUUGGUCGGCGGGCUCUUCUCGAAGCUGCUGCCCUCGCCGGCGGAGACGGUGCGGUACGCGAUCGGCCUGGCGGGGGAGCUCGCCGCGAAGACGUCGCUGGUCAGCACGAAGCUGAUGCGCGACAUGCUGCUGCGGUGCCCGGCGAGCCCCGAGGGCGCGCACGUGCUGGAUUCGCGCGUCUUUUUGCAGCUCGCCGGGACGGCCGACAACGUCGAGGGCGUCACGAGCUUCCUGGAGAAGAGGGAGCCGAACUUCACCGACACCGUGAGCCGCGAGAGUGUUCCGUUUUGGCCCUGGUGGGACGGGGAUAUGGGGCGAUAUGUCACUCAGCUUGAGAAGGCCGCGAAGCUGUAA